AUGGUUCACAAGAUCCUUUUCUGGGCCGGAUUUGGCAUCGCUACACGAUUCGUCCAAUUGGGCAUUGAAAUGAGACCGUUCUUCCAACGCGGUGCACUAUGGGUGUACCCGCUGUUCGCAGGGAUCGGGGGGUCGUUCGGAUACUGGAUGCAGGGCGUGGAGGCGCGACAGCUCAAGAUGCUCCGACAGCGGAAAGAGCUUCUGAUUGAGAAGAGAAGACGGCGGGCCGAGCGAGAGACUGCGGCAAGCGAGGCCGAGACCACGGGUGUGCUGGCGUCGACGAGUUAA